UAAGCCCUGUACUGUAGCGCCCUCACUCAACAAAAUGGCGACGAUCAUGAGAGCGAGUCGGUUGCUUUUGGCUACCGAGGUUUUUCGGCAAGGAAGGAAUACUGGCAGGUUGUCCAAAUCUCACUCAUCAUGCCGACAGUUAUCAGAUGUUUUACCAGUGCCAAUCAGCAAGGUACUCAUUGCCAACCGUGGAGAGAUUGCCUGCCGUGUCAUACGCUCUGCUCGCAAACUGGGCAUCAAGACGGUAGCAGUGUACAGCGAUGCUGACAAACACUCAAUGCACGUGGCAAUGGCAGAUGAGGCUUACCACAUCGGCCCAGCUGCAUCCCAGCUCAGCUACCUCAAUAAACAGAAGAUUCUGCAGGUGGCCAAGUCCUGCGGUGCCCAAGCAAUCCAUCCCGGCUACGGCUUCCUCUCAGAGAAUACAGAAUUUGCUGAUCUUUGUGACAAAGAGGGGGUGAUUUUUGUUGGUCCUCCGUCUGCGGCUAUCAGAGACAUGGGAAUCAAGAGCACAUCCAAGUCCAUCAUGUCCGCCGCUGGAGUGCCAAUCAUCGAGGGUUACCAUGGCGUGGACCAAUCAGAUGACAGGCUGAGGGCAGAGGCAGAGAAGAUUGGCUACCCGGUGAUGCUGAAAGCCGUCCGAGGGGGCGGUGGCAAAGGAAUGCGUAUUGUGAUGACGGCCGCCGACUUUGAUGAAGCCCUCGAAUCAGCUCGGAGAGAGGCUCUCAAAUCAUUUGAUGAUGACGUCAUGCUGGUGGAAAAAUUUGUAGACACGCCCAGGCAUGUUGAGGUACAGGUGUUUGGGGACAAGCACGGUCAUUACGUCUACUUGUUUGAGAGGGACUGUAGCGUUCAGAGGCGACACCAGAAGAUCAUCGAGGAAGCGCCUGCUCCUGGUUUGUCAGAAGAAGUCAGGCAGAGUAUUGGAGAGGCAGCGGUCAGGGCAGCCAGGGCGGUCAACUAUGUGGGAGCAGGUACAGUUGAGUUCAUCAUGGACAGUAAGCAGAACUUCUAUUUCAUGGAGAUGAACACCAGGCUACAGGUGGAGCAUCCAGUCACUGAAAUGGUCACUAACACGGAUCUGGUAGAAUGGCAACUCAAGGUUGCCGCUGGUUCCCCCCUCCCAGUAACCCAGUCUGACCUCUGCCUCCAUGGCCAUGCCUUUGAAGCCAGGAUCUAUGCCGAAGACCCAGACAAUAACUUCUUACCCGGUGCAGGACCCCUAGUCCACCUGUCGCCUCCCACCGCGGACCAGACCAUCAGGAUAGAGACAGGAGUCAGGCAAGGUGAUGAAGUGACUACAUUUUAUGAUCCCAUGAUUGCAAAGUUGGUUGUGUGGUCCCCAGACAGAGAGACCGCCUUGGAAAAACUGAGAAGUUCUCUCAGAGAUUAUCACAUUGUUGGCCUCAAGACAAACAUCAGAUUUCUGGAUGAUUUAGCUAAGCACCCGGAAUUCAUCCAGGGCAACGUGCACACAGGCUUCAUUCCACAGUACGAGGACCAGCUCUUCAGCAGGAAGGGCGCCCUCAACAGGCUGACGUUAUGCCAGGCUGCGAUGGCGCUGAUACUCUUCGAGCAGCAGAAGGGGCAGAACGAAGCAGUUGCCAGUGGAGAUCCCUUCUCGCCAUUCUCCAUGGGAAGCGGCAUCCGUGUGAAUGAGAAUCUUAUACGACGAAUUGCCUUCACCGAUAAAGAUGACACCAUCGACGCCACGGUGACGUAUCAAGCAAAUGACAGAUACAGAGUGGAGAUUGGAGACGAGACGUUUGAUGUUCAAGGCCAACUUACACAGAUUGAAGACAAUACAGCACAGUUGGUAGGCACCAUCAACGGCAUCAAGACAGACACCAAAGUUGUCAUGCAUGAAGGGGCAGUCCACAUAUUUGCAGAGGUUGGUGGAGUGGAAGUCAUGAGACCUAUUCCAGAAUUCCUCGGCGGUUCAGGCUCGGGAACAAUGGGCGACCGAGCCCCAAUGCAGGGAGAUAUCACCCACAUCUACGCGGAGCCAGGGACGGCCGUGGAGAAGGGAGAUCCCCUGCUGGCUUUGGAGUCGAUGAAGAUGGAGUACGUCAUCCGAGCCCCGAAGAAGGGUGUUAUUGAUGAAGUGUUGGUUGCCAAGGGAGACAACGUUCAGAAGAAUGCACCACUUGUCGUUUACAAAGGACAGAAAUAACGUAAGCCCCUCGUGCACCAAAGUUGAGACUCUCAGAAGUUUUUAGGUUGCUUCAGAACAGGGCCUAUCACUCAGGGUUGUCAAAAGCACAUGAAGAUUCAAGUCACCAUCAAGUUGGAGUCACAGGACUGUGGAAACCCUUCUUGUGUUCCAAGACAGUUGACACACACACACGCACACUGUGAGUUGCCGAAGAAGAAGAGAAGAUUGGAAUUGGAGACUGCCGAUAAGGUUGGGGGAUUUUUUUUUGAUGUGAUGUGAAAAAACAGUCUCCAAAGGCAUAAACUCAGCUGAUCUCCCUCAGUAUUCAGAUAAUUUCUGUGGUAAUUUGCUUCGUGCAUUACACAGUUGGGCUCAUGAAAGUGCAAAGUGUUGCAACUUAGUUGCUGGUUGUCCCAAUUUCCU